AAUAUCGUUAUAUUCGGCGAAACCGGUGUGGGGAAAAGUUCAAUCAUCAAUAUACUCGUGCAACAAGGGCUCGCGGAGACAUCCGAUGGUGCAUUGGGAUGCACUUCUGGCUUUAAAUGCUGCCCGGCUGAAAUCUCCGGCCAGAGAUUUGUCCUGUUUGAUACCGCGGGCACGGUGCCGGCGGCGAUGGCGGAGAAACAGUUGAAGAGCUUGUUGGGUGAGCUCAUGAGCCCCGAGUCGGAUGGCAUUGGCCUUCUGGUGUAUUGCAUGCGCAGCACUUCUGCCCUUCACGCUCUUGCUCGGGUUUACAACAUGUUUUAUGCUGGGAUAUGCCAGAAGAGGGUCCCGAUCGUUGUCAUCAUCACGGGAUUGGAGAGAAAGGCUCGCAUGGAAGACUGGUGGGAUACCAAUGAGAAGUUCAAAAGUCAUGGCAUGCAAUUUGCAGGUCAUGCUCGCGUCACAGCG